CUAACGCCAGCUGUUGGACGGCACGAAACCGAGUCGUACCUCCAAAUAUAAGUUUAGCAAAAUGACAAAAGGCUUAAAAAGUGCUAAAUACCCAGCGUGGUGCAUUCUGGCCCUGGCUCUGAUGACGUGCCCGGCCUGGGCAGAUUUAUCCGACGAGCAAGAGAAUGAACAACAUCCACGCAUGAGUGCCUCGCGUGACUAUGUCGAACUGGACGAGGAGCUCAACACACGUUUCUGGCACGAUAAGGCGCAGUCUAUACUGGCCGAUAAGUUGUCGCAUCAUAAAAAACUCAAUGAGAAUCGUGCCAAGAAUGUGAUACUGUUCCUGGGCGAUGGAAUGUCUGUGCACACGAUAGCGGCAACACGUGCCUUCAUGGGCGACAGCAGUAAGCAGGUCUCCUUCGAAAAAUUCCCCUAUGUGGGCCUCUCCAAGACGUAUGCGGUGGAUGAGCGCACGCCGGACUCGGCCAGCACGGCGACAGCUUACUUGAGCGGUGUCAAGGGCAACUAUGGCACCAUUGGCGUGAAUGCCCAGGUGAAGCGAGGCGAUUGCCUGGCGGGCACCGACAAGACCACACACACGGAGAGCAUUGCACAAUGGGCACAGGAGGCGGGCAAGUGGGCGGGUCUGGUGACAACGGCCAGGGUGACACACGCAUCUCCGGCCGGUGUUUACGCACACGUUGCCGAUCGUAACUGGGAGCACGAUGGAAAGAUCAACUGCAGCGCGGAGCUCAAUACGGAUAUUGCACGCCAGCUGGUGGAAUGGCCGGUUGGUCGAGGUUUGCGUGUGGUUCUAGGCGGCGGUCGUGCCUCCUUCCGCGAUAAGAGCAUGCGCGAUGAGGAGGGCUUUGUGGGCAAACGUAAGGACGGACGCGAUUUGAUCAAGGACUGGCAGGCGGAUAAGCAACAACAAGGCGCUGAGGCGCACUAUGUCUGGUCGCGCGAUGGUCUCAACAAACUGGACCUUACCAAGACUGACUACCUGUUGGGUCUAUUCGAUGUCAGCCACUGCCCCUACCAUGGCGAUCGCAUGCGCCAGCACAUGGAUUACCUGGAGCCCUCGCUCUCCGAGAUGACAGAGGCGGCCAUCAAGGUGCUGAGUCGCAACGAACAGGGCUACUUUCUCUUUGUGGAGGGCGCACGCAUUGACAUGGCCCACCACGCGACGAAGGCACAAAAGGCUCUCGAGGACACCGAAGAGUUUGCACGCGCUGUUGAGCUGGCACGCAGUCUCACCUCUGAGGAGGACACGCUCAUUGUUGUCACCUCGGAUCACUCGCACACCAUGACUAUCAAUGGCUAUCCUUAUCGUCGUCAGAAUAUACUUUCACUGGCUCCCAAUCAGGCCGAAGAUGAGCUGCCCUUCACUAUACUCUCUUAUGCCAAUGGACCGGGUUUUGUGAAUACCUACGAUGAGAACGGCCGCGUGGACCUGUCGCAUACGAAUACCAAGGAUGCUGACUUCCAGUUCCAAGCCACAGUUCCUCUCAAAACUGAGACUCACGGCGGCGAGGAUGUGGGCGUCUUUGCCUCGGGUCCCCAUGAGCACUUCUUCUCCGGAAACUACGAGCAAUCGACAAUACCCGCUCUGAUGGCUUAUGCGGCCAACAUUGGCCCCUUUGCCCCGGACAAGUUAAAGAAUUAGUUUCAAUAAAGUAGUUAUUCUAAUCAGCAAAAUAAA